GUCUUAGUGACGUCAUGUGUACACACAUACCCCCAUCCUCAGAACUUCAUGUUGACAACUAUGCAAAGAUGUUGCAAAUGAAAAAUCGUAUAAAAUAUUGCUCUUUGGCGAUUGCUGCGACCAGGUUGUUUUCGUCUGGACCAGUCAAGAACCCAGUCGUGUAUUUUGACAUCGCAGCUGACAACGAACCUCUGGGACGAAUCAUCAUAGAGGUACCUAGCUAACUAACGUAGCUAGCUUAGAUGCGGACCCGUAGCAAUCUAAAUCUGCCAUUAGCUAGCAGUAAACAGUAAAAAGGCAGAUACACAUAGCUACAUAGAAUAACUCUAGUUGACGGUUCAUUUUACGGCAUGUUCAGCUGAGCUUGCUUCGCUAGUUAAAAUAGUUAGCUAGCUAGAUAGCUAGCCAUGCUUAGUUGUUGAAGUAGCUAAGUCUCAGCUGGCUAGCCCAUUCAUUUGCAGUUUGUUUCAGCUACAGUCACACCCCAUCUUUCUGCUCAAAGGUUAAUGAGCUGAUUGGGUUGUUGAUAAGAUUGCUAGCUAUGCUUGCUAAAUGGCUAGUGUGUUCAACCAAGCAUGUUCAUGUAGAGAAAAGGGCUACACUAUCCAGCUAGUUUACUAGCAAUAAAGGCUAUUAUCUAACUAGCUAGCUAGCUGGCUAUCAAUACGAUGUUUAGCCAUAGAUAACGACAGACUAGAAAUAAUCACGGGGAACCAAUCAAUAUCAAUACAUUAAACCUGCUUAUCUACCUAACUAACGUUACCUGACAUUGUCUUUAUUUACAUUUUAUUACAGUUGAAUGCAGCUGCUGUGCCCAAAACAGCAGGUAAACAUUGAUUUGUGUUCUAUAGAAAUAGCCACUCAGUGAGAUUGACCUGGGCAAUGACAAAUAAAAUACUGCUCUAUAUAGCCUUACAUUGUGUUUUACUUAGUAGUGAAUUCAUGUUGUUGUUGUUUUCUGACAGAGAACUUUAGAGCACUGUGCACUGGGGAACAUGGCUUUGGAUACAAAGGAUCAGUGUUCCACAGAGUGAUUCCUGAGUUCAUGUGUCAGGUACUGUAGCCGUGCUUACCUUAUCAUAGAGCAGGAUUUCCCAAACUCGGUCCUGGGGUCUUCCAAGGGUGCACGUGUUGGUUUUUGCCCAAGCACUACUCACUCAGCUGAUUCAAAUAAUCAAAGCUUGAUGAUGAGUUGAUUAUUUGAAUCAGCUGUGUAGUGCUAGGGCAAAAACCAAAACAUGCACCCAUGGGAGGCUGACUUUGGAAAACCUUGUCAUAGAGAAACCUCUAUUUCUAUGUAAACAGUGUUUGGCCAUGUAUCUGUGUUAUAUCAGUGUAACAACCUGUACAGUAUUCUGUAUAUGCUACUAUCUUCCUAAUAUGUAACUCUACUGUAAGACUAACAUUAGGAAGGACAUGCAGUUAUGGAAAACAAUAGGCUAUCACUUUGACACUCAGUGUUCUGCAACGAUUGAAAUAUUUUGGUCCCACAUUGAAAUUGAAUUUAUCACUACUGUAGCGACCUUAUUUUAUAAGCUCUGAUAUCAACUCUGCCACUGCAGCAUGCUUUUGUGGCACAGGCUAUGGCGCACAGGACUACGGGCCAGAAGGUUGAGGGUUUGCCGACCACUCCAGACAAGCUCACUCUCCCUGCCUGUUUCAUUACACUGGUGUCAGAUGUGAUCGGACCUUGCGCCACAGAUGUGCUUGGCCGAUGAGCGCGUUCCUGUAAGGUGUCGUCCUCUUAAGGCUAUCCCGAGGACGUGCUCUUUGAAAGGAGAGAGCAGUGUAGUGACCCUGUGUUUAUAAGCGCGGACAUCAACUCUGCCACUGCAGCAUGCUUUUGUGGCACAGGCGAUGGUGCACAGGGCUACGGGCCAGAAGGUGGAGUGUUUACCGACCACUGCGUACAAGCUCACUCUCCCUGCCUGUUUCAUUACACUACUAUAAGUGGACAGCCCUUAUGAAGGUUGUAUUUAUGAACUACAAUGUUCUGUGGUGGUGUUGUCUUAAAGUAAGAGCACUAACUCACUCUCUGCCCUCAGGGAGGAGAUUUCACGCAUCACAACGGGACUGGAGGGAAGUCCAUAUAUGGGUCCAAGUUCAAAGACGAGAACUUCAAACUGAAACACACUGGGCCAGGUAUGUUAGAUCACUAAACCAGCAAACUCCUCUGUCCGUCUGACCUCUGGUCCCUUAUUCACACUUUAGGGCCAAACUGAGCUGAACUGUACUGGGCUGGCCUGGUUAUGCAUCCACCAUUGUUGUUGGAACCAUGCUGGAAAACAUUAGGGGGAAAAAUGUAAUAGAAGCCAGUACACUAUGGUUAGUCGACCCUAGUGUGUAAAACAGGCGUUGAAGAGUUGUUGUAGGGUCUCCACUCCCCUAGAUGGCGCUAUUGACUACACAGACAGGUUAUUUCAAUAAGGUACAAAUGACCUACUUUCCAAGCAAGUCAACAUCCCAUUUAUCAUCCGAUUUUUUUAAACUAAACCUUAAUCCCAUGUUGAUAGAUGGACACUUCUUCAGCUCAGGGUAUGUUCUCUUGCAUAAUGACAACCUGGCUCCAGUUAAACUGGGGGUAAUAGACCUUUACCCAAUACAGAUGUCUUCUGUCUGCUGCUCUAUGCCCUCCUACAGCCAGGUACCCCACAGUGUUCCUAUCUAUUUAUUUUCUAGUCAUUCUGUUAGAGGACUUGAUCCACAGAAACAACGUUUGGAGAAAUGGAAGCCUUGAUAAGUCAUAAUGUAUAAAUGCAACAUGUAAAGUGUUUGUCCUAUGUUUCAUGAGCUGAAAUAAUGAAUCCCAGAUAUUUUCCAUAUGCACUAAAAGCUUAUUUCUCUCAAAUGUUGUGCACAAAUGUGUUUAUAUCCCUGUUAGUGAGAAUUUCUCCUUUGCCAAGAUAAUCCAUCCACCUGACAGGUGUGGCAUAUCAAGAAGCUGAUUAAACAGCAUGAUAUUUACACAGGUGCACCUUGUGCUGGGGAAAAUAAAAGGCCAAUAUAAAAUGUGCAGUUUUGUCACACAACACAAUGCCACAAAUGUCUCAAGUUUUGAGGGAGCGUGCAAUUGGCACGCUGACUGCAGGAAUGUCCACCAGAGCUGCUGCCAGGGAAUUUAAUGUUAAUUUCUCUACCAUAAGCUGCCUCAAACGUCGUUUUCGAGAAUUUGGCAGCACGUCCAACCAGCCUCACAACCGCAGACCAUGUGUAACCACGCCAACCCAGGACCUCCACAUCCGGCUUCUUCACCUGUGGGAAGGGAGUGCUGAGGAGUAUUUCUGUCUGUAAUAGAGCCCUUUUGUGGGGAAAAACUCAUUCUGAUUGGCUGGGCCUGGCUCCCCAGUGGGUGGGCCUGGCUCCCAAAUGGGUGGGUCUAUGCCCUCCCAGGUCCACCCAUGGCAGCGCCCCUGCCCAGUCGUGAAAUCCAUAGAUUAGGGCCUAAUGAAUUUAUUUCAAUUGACUGAUUUCCUUAUAUGAACUGUAACUCAGUCAAAUCUUUGAAAUUGUUGCUUGUUGCAUUAAUAUUUUUGUUCAGUAUACAAUUGACAAUGUACAUGAAUGAACUGGUACUAUACUGCAAGCUCUGGUGUUUCUAUUGUUUUAGGUAUCUUAUCCAUGGCAAAUUCAGGGGCAAACACGAACGGUUCUCAGUUCUUCAUCUGCACAGUUAAAACUGAAUGGUAGGUUAUGUUUUAGACACCAGUUAGUCACACAGUUGUGUUUUAGAAUCAUUUACAUUUUGGUCCGCUUUACUGGUAACUGCACCUCUCUCUCUCUCUCUCUCUCUCUCUCUCUCUCUCUCUCUCUCUCUCUCGCACUCUCUCUCUCUCUCUCUGUCUCUCUCUCUCUCUCUCUCUCUGUCUCUCUCUCGCUCUCUCUCUCGCACUCUCUCUCCCUCAGGUUGAAUGAUAAACACGUGGUCUUUGGUCAGGUGAAGGAUGGCAUGGACGUAGUCUUCAAGAUGGAAUCCUUUGGUUGUCAUGACGGUGGUGUGGUAAAGAAAAUCGCCAUCACGGACUGUGGGGAGAUCAAGUAAAACACACGCAGACACACAGGUUGGAGAAUGUCGCUAUGGAUAGAGACUGUUGGAAACGUCCGAUUUUAUUUGUUUAUUUUAGCUCUUCUGUUUUCCUCACCCAAUUAAAGAAUGACAACCACAAAUACACCAGCUGUCUCUCAUACAUGUAGUCUCAUUGUCUUUGGACAAUGUGUUCUCCCCUCACACACACACUUCCUUUAUAGCAUUUAUACUGUCUGUAGAGUGAUCUGUACGAACUCUCAUGACAACUUCUCAUGUUCAUAGCCUGUGCUUUAUACGUUCAAGAGUUGUUGUAUGGUAGAGGUUUGGACUUUGGACUAGCUCAACACUGGUACUAAGAUACCUCUAAAAUGGGUGCUUUUGAUCCUAGAUGUCACUGUAAUAUUUUUGUAAAGAAAAUAAUCUAUAAACUAUUUAUGGCGUGUAUGAUGGACCUGACACCUUUAGAAUGUAUAAAAUAAUGUUGUACAUUUACUGCCAAA